UCUUUCUUUUCUUUGUUCAUAAAUGACUACAGAAAGCCUCAUUCCAUCUUGCGGUAUUCUUAUAUUUUCAAGCUACCAUGAAAUGUUAUGCUUUUCUUCAAUUUUACUCCUUGAAAAAUAACAGUACCAAUAGCAAUCUUCUUCAUGCAUUUGGUCACAGUAAUUUGCAAAAGAUAAUUACACAUAUUAAAGUCCACAACCUCACCAUCAACGGUACUGUAUUUCCAUUUGAAAGAAUGAUACCGGCACUUCCAACAGUACAACAAAUGAUUAAAAAGUCGGCUACAAGAGAAGAAGGACGUUUGCAAUUGAUAAAUAUUGGUACGAAGCUUCAAGGUACUCAAAAGGUGACUGUGAAGUUCAUAAAGGACAUGUUGGAAUCUUUUCCUCUUAAUGACUUGGGUGAAAUUAUUAAGGAGGAUGAUAAAAAGUAUAUUCAUUUUACCAAUAUUGCAGUCAUUAUUUGAUAAUUUGGAUCAUGAAAACAUGGUAUUUUUUAAGAUCACAAAUGAAAACAACGCCGAAUGUAAACAGAAGGUCUUUGGUGUUUCUCAUCGAAGACCAGAUGGUCAAUUCCGUCAAAAAACUGAACGUGAUAAUUUUAUCACAAUUGGCUACAUGGAAGCCAAGGCUGAGCUAGAAAGCAAGAACCAUGAGGCCUGCAUGCAAGACCUAGUUCGCCUUGCAAUCUUUGGCAAAAAUGCCAUAGAUAUUUACAACUUGAAAAACACGCUAUUGCUUCAAGCAAUUGGAUCAAGCUUUACGUUCUAUUUAUUGUAAAAGGAAAAUAGGGACAUGUAUGCCAUGGUGAAGUGACAGCUUCAAUUUCCUAAUGAAUAUAAAUCAUUACACUUGAAGCGACCUUGGUUGUCGUAGUCAUUCUUUUCUUUGUUAGUUCAAAUUGUACAGCGUAAAAUAAAAUACAGUGAUAUAAUAAGCGUCAUUUUUGGAUCUUUAUCUUCUUGAGUGAGAAUGUAACAAACAAAGAGACAAGCCGAGAAGAAAACAGAGGGAGAGGAGGGCGGAAACAACCAAGAUCACUUCAA